AAUCAGCAACUAAUUUUCUAGUAAAGAAGGCUUCGUCGUUCGUUUUGCCUUUUGCUUCUUCGGCCUCUAUUAUUGUUCCUAUUCGCUUGCUAUUCUUCUUCAGUUUUUCAUUUUUUGUUGUCUUUCAUACACUUCCUCCUCUGAGCAGAAUCAAACCAGGUGUCUACAUCCCGUGCUUCACAUGUCCCUUUUGCACUGUUUCCAACUGGCUAAUAUCUGAUUGAAGAGCUAUGCAGAAGGAUAAGGAUACUAAUACUAGUGCUGUUUCAUCUCCGACAAUUCGAAGUAGGCAUCGUAAACGUUCAAAUGAGGCUGAUACAGAAAUUAGCAAAGCAAAUGGGAACCAUUUACUUGUUCAUGACAAGAACAAAUACAAGUCCAUGUGGAUCCGCACUUGCUCAACCCUUUGGAUGAUUGGGGGCUUUGUGUUAACCAUCUACAUGGGUCACCUCUACAUUACAGCCAUGGUUAUUGUCAUCCAGAUCUUUAUGGCAAGAGAGCUCUUCAAUCUACUCAGAAGAGCUCAUGAAGAUAGGCAGCUGCCAGGAUUUAGGCUUUUGAAUUGGCAUUUUUUCUUCACUGCGAUGUUGUUUGUAUAUGGGCGUAUUCUGAGUCAACGCCUUGUUAACACAGUGACCUUAGACAAAGUUUUAUAUCAGCUCGUGAGCAGCCUUGUAAAAUAUCAUAUGGCCAUCUGCUACUCCUUGUACAUUGCAGGAUUUAUGUGGUUCAUUCUCACAUUAAAGAAGAAGAUGUACAAGUAUCAAUUUGGUCAGUAUGCCUGGACACAUAUGAUUCUGAUUGUUGUGUUUACGCAGUCCUCCUUCACCGUGGCAAACAUUUUUGAAGGAAUAUUCUGGUUUCUUCUUCCAGCCUCCCUUAUUGUCAUUAAUGACAUCGCUGCUUAUAUCUUUGGUUUCUUCUUUGGAAGAACCCCUCUGAUAAAGCUAUCUCCAAAGAAAACAUGGGAAGGUUUUAUUGGGGCAUCAGUUACGACUAUCAUCUCUGCAUUUCUGCUAGCAAACUUCAUGGGUCACUCUCAGUGGCUAACAUGUCCUAGGAAGGAUUUGUCAACUGGUUGGCUUCAAUGUGACCCUGGCCCACUUUUUAAACCAGAGCCUUUUGCCUUACCAGGAUGGAUUGCUCUCUUUUUUCCUUGGAAAGAGAUAUCCAUCCUACCAGUUCAAUGGCAUGCACUCUGUAUUGGCUUAUUUGCUUCUAUUAUUGCACCUUUUGGUGGUUUCUUUGCAAGUGGUUUCAAAAGAGCUUUUAAAAUAAAGGAUUUUGGUGAUAGUAUCCCGGGACAUGGUGGAAUUACUGACAGGAUGGACUGCCAGAUGUUGAUGGCUGUUUUUGCAUAUAUCUAUCAUCAAUCAUUUGUUGUGCCUCAAAGUUUGUCAGUUGAAAUGGUUCUGGAUCAGAUAUUAAUGAACCUAUCCUUUGAAGAACAAGAAGCUUUGUAUCUGAGGCUUGGGCAAAUGUUGGAAGGGAAGAUCGUUGGGCAGUCCUAGAUCAAAUUUAGAAUGCUCCACACUGUGAAAUCGAAGUUAUAAGUGCUAGCCAAUAUAUGAUUGAAAAGAUUCAGAAGCUUGAGGUAGGUGUCAAGAUGUGUACAGUUUACCGUGAGUUGUGACCAUUAUAAUAUCUCCUCUUGGCCAAUCGUACACUACGGUGAUAUGGGCAUGCCAUUUAAAAGUCGCUGGUAUAGAAAACCAAUGAUUCAGAAUCUCAGAACGCGUUUGAAUUUCGACCAAGAGUCGAAAAUCUGUAAUAAAUUCGGAGGGAAAUACUUCAUGGAGUUUCAGUUAUGACGUAUGACCUUACACGAGGCAACAUUGUAAUAUUGAAUUGUAAAAUAUAUCUUAUAUUCUUGCAAGAAGAUUGGGUUAUAAAUUCAAAACUUCCCAA